CACCCAGACAGAAGAGCCGACACCAGAUCGUCACGAACGGAUUUACCAAAUCUGGCGAGGACACACCUCUUCUGUCUUCCGACCACGUCACUUCCGGUGGUGUCGAUCCAUCUGUGACGACGUUGAAGAGACCGUCGCUAUAUUGGUCCUUGUUUAAGACAUACGGCCAUAUAUGGUUGUUGACGUGUUUCGCUAGGUUUAUUAGUGACGUGUGUUUUAUGCUGCAGCCGGUUCUACUAGGUAUGAUCGUGUCUUAUAUCGAGGCGAAGGCGGAGGAUAGAGAACCUGCGUGGAUUGGCUACGUACUUGCAGUGCUAAUCGCUUUAAUAGGGGAAGUAGGAACAUUCGCCUACAGCACCUCGCUCCAUUUAUCCCUGACCCUUGGCAUCAGGAUCAAGUCGGCCCUUGUAGGGGCUAUCUACCAGAAGUCGCUGCGGAUGAAUAACUCGGUAAAGAAAGAUUUCACGGUUGGGGAGAUUGUAAAUCUGAUGUCGGUCGACUGUCAGAGAAUUCAGGACUCCUUCGCCUUCCAUCAAUGGAUCUUCUCCUUAUUUUCAAUCACAAUCAUUGGUCUGUACCUUGUGUGGGUCUACGUGGGAGACGGUUUGUAUGGCUGCAUCAUCAUUGUCGUCAUCUUAUCCAUCCUAAAUAUCUACUUUGGCCUCCUUCAAGAGAGAUACCAACGAGGUAUUCUCAAGUUCAAGAGCAACAGAAUGAAACUAUUCAAUGAGGUUCUAAAUGGCAUCAAAGUUCUGAAGAUGUAUGCCUGGGAAUCUACAUUUAUUGAGAAGAUAAAGAAGAUUAGGAUUCUCGAGAUGAAUUUUCUUAAAAAGAAUGCCAUAGUAACAGCGUUCGCUCUGGUUGUGUCCAAUCACAGCCCUUUCUUUAUGAACUUUGCCGUCCUGUUGAUAUACGUAAUAGAAGAUCCAUCUCGGUAUCUUGACGCCACGACAGCAUUCACGAUAGUUUCCGUGGUCAACGUUAUCCGGUUCGCAAUAGCAUUAUCUCCCUUUGUUAUAACUGCCGGUAUACAGACUCAUGUUUCUGUGGGUCGUAUCCAGAAAUUUCUCUGGGAAGAUGAUAUAGAACCCGAUAUUAUACAUCGUGUCACAGACGGGGAAAAUGCUCUGACUAUCCGAAACGGCAGAUUCACCUGGGACACUGAAGAUCAACUCACCACGCUGAGAAACAUCAAUCUCGAGAUACCAGAGGGAAGUUUGGUGGCGGUGGUGGGUAUAGUCGGUUCUGGCAAAUCUUCGCUCAUCUCAGCCGUAUUGGGGGAGCUAGAAAGGCUUGAAGGGGAAAUCACCCUAAAGGGGUCGCUCGCGUACGUACCCCAGGAAGCAUGGAUACAGAAUUUGACAUUAAGGGAAAACAUACUGUUCGGAAAGACCUAUCUUGAGAAGAAGUACUGGGAAGUGUUGGAAGCCUGCCAACUAAUUCCUGACCUGCGGAUACUGUCGGCCGGGGACCAAACUGAAAUUGGGCAAAAGGGUAUAAACUUGAGUGGUGGUCAGAAGCAGAGGGUCAGUCUGGCUAGAGCGGUAUACAACAAUGCUGACGUCUACUUACUGGACGAUCCUCUCAGUGCAGUGGACAGUCACGUGGGCAAGGCGUUGUUCCAGAAAGUCAUCGGCAACGAAGGGAUGCUGAAAAACAAGACCCGUAUCCUAGUGACCCAUGGCGUCCACUGGCUUCCUAAUGUGGACAGGAUCAUCGUCAUGGACGGUGGUCAGAUAUCUGAGAUAGGCACGUACGAGGAACUCUUACAACAUAAUGGACCUUUCGCUCACUUCCUACAAACUUUCCUAUUAAACGACAAUGACAAAGACGAUGAAGAUACUGGAGAGACAGGAACAACCCGUCGAAAAAGGACAUUAUCUGUACAGGAAAUGCAGGACGAACUGUGGGAACACGAAGAGGAGGUUAUGUCUGAUGGUCUGACUACAUCAGAUGAUAACAUCAGCGUAGAGGGGUUGUCUCGACGGCAAAGUGUCAGGAAAGUACCAUCAAAAAAGUUAACUCGGGCAGUUUCCCGUCAAAUGUCGAGGACGUUUUCACGGUCACUAACAAGGUCAAUGAAACAGACAGAGGACGUUGACCUAGGAAAGCUCAUUACAGAUGAAACCACAGAGGAAGGGGCGGUGAAAUGGUCUGUGUAUAUCGCCUACAUGAAAGCAGCGGGUGUGUUCGCUACAGUUUUUUCGCUGAUGAUGAUGGUCGCAUUUCAAGGUCUGAGUAUGUACUCAACGUUCUGGAUCACUGAUUGGACAACUGACGAGUACCUCGUCAACACGAGUAACCAAGGGGAGGACGAGUACAUCAACAGAAAUGUCUACUACCUCGUGGUUUAUGGAGUAAUCGGCAUUGUGCAAGGAAUAUGUAUUCAGCUGUUUGGCCUCGUUUCACUACUAAGAAUUGUGCACGGAAAUGGCCGCCUUCAUGCACAGAUGCUACACUGUACCUUCCGGUCGCCCAUGUCAUUUUUCGACACGACACCUAUCGGUCGUAUUAUGAACCGGUUCUCCAGUGAUAUAGAUGUCCUUGAUGACCGUUUGCCUAGGACCUACAGACUCAUUAACAUUGUAGUGUUCAUUCUGAUAUCAACAGUCCUUGUUAUAUGUAUUGAGAUACCAACCUUCCUCGUCGCUCUUGUCCCUGCAGGGGUUAUAUUUGCAGUAGCCCUGAUCUCCUACCUACCAACAACGCGUCAGCUGAAGAGAAUAGAGUCAGUGACUCGUUCGCCGGUAUAUAAUCACUUCAGUGAGACAAUCACGGGCGCUAGUGUAAUACGGGCGUACCAGGUAUCCGAGCGUUUUAUAGAGGAAUCUCAGAAACGGUUAGACAAGAACGCCGUCUUCUACUAUGCAGCUAAUGUGUCGGGAAGGUGGAUUAGCAUCAUUGUGGAGACUAUCAGUAAUAUACUGGUGUUUGUGGCCGCCUUGUUUGCCAUCAACUCCUCCGAUUUGGGCAGCGGGGACGUCGGUCUAUCUCUCAAUUACUCAUUACAAAUAGUUGUGUCACUGGCACUAGUGGUGUUUUCUGUCAGCGAGAUGCAGAUGAACAUCGUGUCUGCGGAACGCGUGGUGGAGUACACGGAUCUACCGGCAGAGGCUGAAUGGAUUAGAGAUAACUUCCGCCCUCCUCCCAUGUGGCCUAACUCCGGAACUGUCAAGUUCGAAGGGUUCACGACAAGGUACCGUCCUGGACUGGACCUCGUACUGAGGGGCAUAGACUGUCAGAUACAGAGUGGGGAAAAGAUUGGAAUAGUAGGAAGGACUGGAGCCGGGAAGUCAUCUCUGACUGUCGCCUUAUUCCGACUUAUUGAGUCUGCAUCUGGUGCGAUUUCCAUAGACGGGCUACGAACAUCUGACCUUGGUCUCCAUGACCUAAGAGCAAACAUCACUAUACUACCGCAGGAUCCUGUGCUAUUUUCCGGGCCAUUAAAAGCCAACAUUGACCCGCUGGAAAGAUUUACAGAUAAUGAAAUAUGGAAAGCGUUGGAGUCCGCCCAUAUGAAGUCAUUUGUUAAGAAUCAACGAGAUCAGCUCUAUUACGAAUGUGGAGAAGGCGGGAUGAAUUUGAGUGUAGGUCAGAGACAGCUGGUGUGUCUCGGUCGAGCCUUGCUCAACAAAAACAAAAUUCUAAUCCUGGACGAGGCUACCGCCGCUGUUGAUAUGGAGACUGACGAACUCAUACAACAGACGAUACAGAGCGAGUUCGAGGAGUGCACUGUACUUACCAUCGCCCACAGACUUAACACUAUCAUGGAUUAUGAUAGGGUAAUGGUUCUGGAUAAAGGUCUCAUCGCGGAAUUCGACACCCCACGAACACUUAUUCAGGAUACAAGUAGUGUGUUUUACGGAAUGGCAAAAGAUGCGGAAAUAACGGACUGGUUUGAAAAUGACAAAUACAACAAGAAGAUGUGAAUAUGAUCUUCAUAUUUGACACAAAUGAAAACAAGAAGUGACAUUAUUUCAAAUUAUUUUGUAAGAUUUAUUUUCAUUACACAAUGCGUGGUAAUGAGAUUUAUUGUUCACAUUCGACCAUUGGUGGAAAGUAUGCAAUAACAGUUUUUACAUCGUCAGGCACAGUAUUUUACAGAGGAGACUAAAUGUGGGCACUCAUUGUA